AUGGCCGUGGCCGUGGUUAUCUUGCAGCCUCACCCCGUUCUUUCUCAGCUGCUCCCUGACGAACUUGUCGUAGAUGAAGGACGCGCCCCUGAACUGCGGCAGGACCAGCCACGCCACCAACAACAGUUUCGCCUCGUACCACAGAGGUAUCCUGCGAGAAGGAAGGAGAAGAAAUGGCCUUCUUUACUCUCUGUCUUUGAAUCUUUGAUUAUGAUUAUUAGGAUGGUGUACAUAUUGUGGCAAUUUGCAGUCUUGAUCCAAGAAUUAGAGGACAUUCUCGGCCGCCAUUUCGAAGAGGGUGAUGAAGGAGUAGAUUAUCCAGUGGCCAGCCACUGCUCGUCGUCCACCUUGGUCGUGCUCUCCAUCGCGCAGAUUGACGCGUACCUGAUCCACGUUACCAUCUUGCACACGUUUAUUAGUUACGCCAUUGGUAAAAAGAAUAUGAUGAACCAGCUAGCACCAUUGCUAAUCUUUAUUUGUUCACUUACAGAGGGUAUAUCAGAGUGA